CUGUACUAUGUCCGCAGUCUCUGGUCAUCUCCUGUACUAUGUCCGCAGUUUCUGGUCAUCUCUUGUACUAUGUCCGCAGUCUCUGGCCAUCUCUUGUACUAUGUCCACAGUCUCUGGUCAUCUCCUGUACUUAUGUCCGCAGUCUCUGGUCAUCUCCUGUAAUAUGUCCGCAGUCUCUGGUUAUCUCCUGUACUGUGUCCACAGUCUCUGGUCAUCUCCUGUACUGUGUCCGCAGUCUCUGGUCAUCUCCUGUACUAUGUCCGCAGUCUCUGGUCAUCUCCUGUACUAUGUUUGCAGU